AUGGGCGCGACGCUCCUGCAUGCGGUGGCUUCGCUCCUGACCAGGCUGCAGCGGGCGGCGCGGAGGAUGGCCGCCGGUGCCGGUGGGGGUGGUAAUAAGGGCUCGCCGCGAGCCCAGGCCGUCGUGGUGCCGUGGAAGAAGACCUCCUCGCUGGCGCCGUCGUCUAGCACGACCAAGGAGGCCGCCGAGCCCGGGGUGUGGAGGAAGGAGAUCCUCAUGGGGGAGCGCUGCCAGCCGCUCGACUUCUCCGGGGCCAUCUACUACGACGCCGAGGGCCGCCGCCUCGCGCAGCCGCCGCCGCCCAGGUCGCCCAUGCGCAGCCCGCUCCCGGCGUCGCCCAGGCUCGCCGCCGCCCACGCCCGCGCCUACUAG